ACUGAACUCUUAGUUAACCGUUAAAAUGACAACGGCCGAAGCCGAAAGACCUGUUGGCAGCGCCAGUAGCAGCAGUAGCUCGAAUGCCAAUCAGCGGGGUGUCAGUCGCGUACUUGCAAAGCUGUCUCAUUCGUUGGCGGAGGGAGAGUUCUAUGAAGCCCAUAUGAUGUAUCGGACGUUAUAUUUUCGCUAUACGGCCCAGAAACGUUACCAGGACUGCUUAGAUUUGCUAUAUGACGGUGCACAGAAACUAAUCGAGAAAGAGCAGGAGAGUAGUGCUGCGGACUUGUGUUUAUUGCUGGUAGAUACUCUGGAGAAGCGUGGCCCACAACCAGAGGACGCGGACAAUUUCGAAUGGGUGCCCCGACUCGGUGGAUUAAUACGCGGCUUAAGCGCAACUACAGUAGAGCGCGAGACUCUGAUCCACCGCGUUGUGAAAUGGAGCACCUCUUUGCAUGGUCAGUUCGGACAUCCGGUGUUGCACAAACUAAUAGCACAUGUGUUCUGGACAGAAGGCAACAUUGAAUCGGCGCGUCAUCAUUAUUUACUCUGUCAGGACGGCAGUCUCUGUGGACGUGUACUGAUUGAAAUAAGUCAGAGCAAGGGCUUUCACAGAGAAGUGGAUUUGUUUUUGGUGCAAGCUGUGCUGCAGCAGCUGUCAUUGAAGGAUCGCAAAACGGCUGAAGAUACGUUCACCGAGUAUACACGUUACCAUCCGAAGCUUUUGAGGCAUGAGUUUCCCUACAAUGAGCCACUGGUCAAUUUUCUUUACUUUCUGUUCCGACUCAUCGACACGAAGAGCGUGGUUGGGUUUCGCGCCUUGCGUAAACUGUAUGAGCCUUCUUUAAAGCGCGACACGUCCUUCACGAAAUAUCUGACGAAAAUUGGAGUGACGUAUUUCGAUGAGCAACCAGAGCAGGUGCAUGCUGGACCCUCUGGACUUGGUGGCAUGUUUGGCGAUAUCUUCAAUCAGCUGAUGCAAGGGUUUGAUGAUGAUGAUGAUGUGCAGAGCAGACCRACGCGACGACAAAACGCUAACAGCGAACUGGACUAGCAGCAGAUGCCGUCGCCGGAUUGGUAGUCCGGUAAAGCCAACGGGAUUCAUUGAUAAAUUGAUAUAUACACCCGGGCUUUCUUUGUAAUG